GAACAGGACAAUCCAAGAACACUGAUACCAAAUUUAUGUAAACAGUUCUAUCAUCUGGGCUGGGUGACAGGAACAGGUGGUGGAAUAAGCAUCAAACAUGAGGACAAAAUAUACAUUGCUCCUUCAGCUGUUCAAAAGGAAUGCAUUCAACCAGAUGAUCUAUUUGUUCAAGAUAUUAAUGGAGUAGAUUUGGAGCUUCCUAAAAAUAAAAAUUUGAGAAAAAGUCAAUGCACACCCUUGUUCAUGAAUGCCUAUCUUAUGAGAAAUGCGGGAGCAGUUAUCCAUUCCCAUUCUAUUCCAGCUGUCCUGUGCACCCUGCUGACACUAGGGAAAGAAUUUAAAAUAUCUCACAUUGAAAUGAUCAAAGGCAUCAAAAAAUGCUCCACAGGAGAAAAUUAUCGAUACGAUGAUGUGCUUACAGUUCCUAUUGUUGAAAAUACACCUUAUGAACACGAGCUUAAGGAAAUAAUGGCAAAGGCUAUGGCAGAUUACCCUGACACCUGUGCUGUAUUGGUAAGGAGACAUGGAGUGUAUGUUUGGGGCAAAACCUGGCAGGAGGCAAAGACCAUGUCUGAAUGUUUUCAUUAUUUGUUCGAAAUUUCCAACCUUAUGAAAUCUCACAAGCUGGACCCAGUUUCUGUACCAACAACUUUUGAAGGAGCUUAUAUUGCUAAAACAUGA